AACAUCUUCUCACUUGCCAGACCCAACAACACUCAUUUUUCUCUCUCCACCUCUUUAUUUCUCACUUUGCUCCAUUGCUCUUCCUUUUCCUUCCCACACUUCACAACCACUUCCUUCUAACAAGGUUAAACAAUCGGAUCUAACAUCUUCGAAGAAAGUUCUUGGUUUUUUCAGACGUUUGCGCCUUCGAACUCUCUGUGAAAUCUGAGAUCUAGGCUCUUGGGAACGGUUGUAUUUAAUCCAAGUUGUUGUGCUAAGCUUUGGAUUAUUAUUUUGAAUUGGGUUUUCUCAUUCUUUGAACUGAGGAAAGAUGCAGAGGCCUCCACCUGAAGAUUUUCUGUUGAAGGAGACCAAACCCCACCUUGGUGGGGGAAAGGUCUCUGGUGAUAAACUUACCAGUACCUAUGAUCUUGUUGAGCAAAUGCAAUACCUUUAUGUGAGGGUUGUGAAGGCUAAGGAUUUACCUGCAAAAGAUGUCACUGGGAGUUGUGAUCCUUAUGUUGAAGUCAAGCUUGGGAACUACAAAGGUACCACCCGGCACUUUGAGAAGAAAACCAAUCCCGAGUGGAACCAGGUUUUUGCCUUCUCGAAGGACCGGCUUCAAGCCUCGGUGCUGGAGGUUACUGUGAAGGAUAAGGAUGUUGUGAAGGAUGACUUCAUUGGCCGUGUCUGGUUUGACUUGAAUGAGGUCCCUAAACGGGUGCCCCCUGAUAGCCCUCUGGCGCCACAGUGGUAUAGAUUGGAGGAUAGAAAGGGUGAUAAGGCUAAGGGAGAGCUGAUGCUGGCUGUUUGGAUGGGUACCCAGGCUGAUGAGGCAUUUCCCGAAGCUUGGCAUUCUGAUGCUGCCACUGUUAGUGGGACUGAUGCUCUUGCUAACAUUAGAUCAAAGGUGUAUCUGUCUCCUAAGCUUUGGUAUUUGAGGGUUAAUGUGAUAGAGGCACAAGACUUGCAACCAACUGAUAAGGGUAGAUACCCUGAGGUUUUUGUGAAGGCUAUUCUGGGAAAUCAGGCCUUGAGGACUAGAAUCUCUCAGAGCAGAAGUAUUAAUCCAAUGUGGAAUGAGGAUUUGAUGUUUGUAGCUGCAGAACCGUUUGAGGAGCCGCUGAUUUUGAGUGUGGAAGACAGAGUUGCCCCUAACAAAGAUGAAGUGUUGGGGAGGUGUGCAAUUCCUUUGCAGUUUGUGGAUAGGAGACUAGAUCACAAACCUGUGAACACAAGGUGGUUCAAUCUGGAAAGGCAUAUUGUUGUAGAAGGGGAAAAGAAGAAGGAAACCAAAUUUGCCAGCAGGAUUCACAUGAGGGUUUGCCUGGAGGGUGGUUAUCAUGUUUUGGAUGAAUCAACUCACUACAGCAGUGAUCUUCGCCCAACUGCGAAGCAGCUGUGGAAGUCUGGUAUUGGUGUUCUAGAACUGGGAAUAUUGAAUGCUCAGGGUUUGAUGCCAAUGAAAACAAAAGAUGGGAGGGGGACAACAGAUGCUUAUUGUGUAGCAAAAUAUGGCCAGAAGUGGGUGCGAACUAGGACAAUCAUUGAUAGCUUUGCACCGAGGUGGAAUGAGCAAUAUACUUGGGAGGUUUUUGAUCCUUGCACUGUCAUUACUAUUGGUGUAUUUGAUAACUGUCAUUUACAUGGUGGUGGUGACAAAGCUGGUGGGGCAAAAGAUUCAAAGAUUGGGAAGGUACGAAUUCGUCUAUCCACCCUUGAGACUGAUCGGGUGUAUACGCAUUCCUAUCCCCUUCUUGUUCUUCACCCAAAUGGGGUGAAGAAGAUGGGUGAGAUACACUUGGCUGUGAGGUUCACUUGUUCAUCUUUGCUCAAUAUGAUGCACAUGUAUUCACAACCCUUGUUGCCAAAGAUGCACUAUAUACACCCAUUGACUGUUAGCCAGCUUGACAGUUUGAGGCAUCAAGCUACUCAGAUUGUUUCAAUGAGACUGAGUCGUGCUGAGCCGCCACUGAGAAAAGAGGUGGUGGAAUAUAUGCUGGAUGUGGGUUCCCACAUGUGGAGUAUGAGAAGAAGCAAAGCUAACUUCUUUAGGAUUAUGGGAGUUUUGAGUGGCCUAAUUGCUGUAGGAAAAUGGUUUGAUCAGAUUUGCAAUUGGAAGAGUCCAAUCACUACAAUUCUGAUCCAUAUCUUGUUUAUCAUUUUGGUCAUGUAUCCAGAGCUUAUCUUACCCACAAUUUUCCUUUACCUCUUCUUGAUUGGAAUUUGGUACUAUAGAUGGAGGCCAAGGCACCCUCCUCACAUGGACACUCGUCUCUCUCACGCAGAUUCGGCUCAUCCUGAUGAACUAGAUGAAGAGUUUGACACAUUCCCGACCUCCCGACCAAAUGACAUGGUGAGAAUGCGAUAUGAUCGACUUAGAAGCAUUGCUGGGAGGAUACAGACUGUGGUUGGGGACUUAGCCACUCAGGGGGAAAGGCUGCAGUCUUUGCUGAGUUGGCGAGAUCCGAGAGCUACGUCACUGUUUGUGAUUUUCUGUCUGGUUGCUGCUAUUGUACUGUAUGUCACUCCAUUCCAAGUUGUGGCCCUCCUGACUGGAAUUUAUGUGUUGAGACAUCCAAGGUUUCGUCAUAAGCUUCCAUCGGUGCCGCUGAAUUUCUUCAGGAGGCUGCCUGCAAGAACUGAUUGCAUGCUUUGAAUCAAGGUCUGAUUACUGUGAAGAAUGGAGCUCGCAUUGCUUUUCAUUGAUCAGAUUCAGCACCAGAUUUUGUUUUCUGGUUUGGUGGAUGACCUUCUCCUGAAGGCAGUAGAUUUUGUGGAUUUAUUGUUCAUUAUUCUGUCACAGGAUUUUCUGUUUUGACUUUUGAACUUUGUGGUAGUCCAUGUUAAUUUGUAAUUUUGUAGGUUUGAGUUGAAAUUGUCUUCAGCUGAAUUACUUUCAUGCUUAUUGCUUAAUCAGAUGUGGUAGUGUUUCUCAAUGGGGAAUUAGUUUGAAUUGUGAUGCCAGUGCAGGUAAUUUCUUUCUGUUUUUCUUUUCUAAAAAAUU